GUUAGUGUCCUUUUGAUAUUUUGUUCCAUUUAUGUUAAUCUUCAGUAAAACAUUUACUCAAAGGAGCUUGAAUUUUGCAGAUUCCCCUUUUCUACUCAAAAAGAAAUUCAUGGUCUUCCUCAUUUCCAAAUCCACCCCACCCAGAGCCACUUUGCUUUUUUCCUUAAAGUCAUGUGAUUUAAAAGAAAAAGAGAGAGCAGAAGUCUUCUACAGAUCUUUUCUGAUUGGCUGACAUGCAUUCUGUUUAGCAUGAGUACAGCUAUUUAAGCCCACAAUGCAGUGAUAAAAGACUAAUUAAAGAAAACAAGACACAUCUUGUAUAACAUCCAGCAGGAAUCCAGACAUCCUCAGGCCAGAAGUAAAGACGAUGGAAGGCUUAUUGCAAGCGAUUCCCACGCCGCCCAUACUCAGCAAACCGGUUCAAAUAAUCUCCAAAGUCAUCGGGGCUGUCCUGCCCAUUGCUGAGAUAGCAAUUGGUGCAAUAUAUCUGCAUGACUGUCCAAAGCAGCCCUAUAUUCCCAUUUAUCUGCUGGUGUCAGGUGUGAUUACAUUGGUGCUCGAUCUGUUGGCCUGGCUUCCAAGCAUUAAAACACCAGCGUAUAAAAAAUUUCGAUGUUUCUUCACCUGUGCCUGGAGUUUAUUUGUGUGUCUUUUCCUCUUCUGCUGGUUCAUUGCUGGUAAUGUUUGGAUCUACUCUAUUCACCUGCCUAAUUACAGUGGCACUGAUUACUGCAAUAAGACACUGUACCUGUUUGCUUUCUGGACCACCACAGUGAUCUAUAUAUUGCUGGGCAUUGCCCUCUCAGGACAGUGCUAUAAGGAAUGCAACGAGGUUGAUGAAAGUAGUGGAAAUGUGGUUAACGUAUGAUGGACCGGGCUAGCAGUCAUCAGUAAUAUUACUAAUAAUACAAACACUCUUGUGGACUUUUCUGGCCUGUUCUUUUUUUUUUUUUUUUUUUUUUUUUUUUAGUUUAUUUAUUUAUUUAUUUUUUUUUUUGCCUUUAUUUGAUGUUGUGCCACCUACUGGGUCAGUUAUGAGCUUUUGCACCGUUGAUAACCUUAUUAUGUUGUGUAACUAUAAUUCCUGUGUAUAAAAUGCAUUUGUAUUGUUGGGCAUGAGAACUUUUUGAAGAGAGAAGAUGCAAGUUUAUUAACUGGAAUGAUACACUGUCUUUAUAAGUGCAUUUCUAUAAUGUAGUUAAAGUGCUCUAUUUUCGUGCACUAAUUUUGUACUCAAUAUACUAAAAAUUCUUCUUUAGUACCUCUUAAGA